AUGGAUGAAGACCGAGAUGCAAACAUCGAGCAAUGGAAAAUUAAGAGGCUUAUAAAGAAGCUGGAAAAUGCAAAGGGAAACGGAACGAGCAUGAUCAGCUUAAUAAUAAAGAACAAGGAUGAAGUUUCUCGAAUAAAUAAAAUGCUUGCGGAUGAGUUGGGAACAGCCUCCAACAUCAAGAGUCGAGUGAAUCGUCUCAGUGUCUUGUCUGCCAUUACGUCAACACAGCAAAAGUUGAAACUGUACAGUAAGACACCACCCAAGGGGCUAGUGGUAUUCUGCGGUACAGUGAUAACAGAGGACGGGAAGGAGAAGAAAAUGUCAAUUGACUUUGAGCCCUUCAGACCAAUAAAUACAAGUCUCUACCUAUGUGAUAACAAAUUCCACGUAGAAGCUCUAAAGGAGUUGCUUGAAAGUGACGACAAGUUUGGCUUCAUUAUCGUGGACGGAAAUGGAGCUCUCUUUGGAACGAUACAAGGGAAUACAAGAGAAGUAAUAAGGAGAUUCACUGUAGAUCUUCCGAAAAAGCAUGGAAGAGGAGGUCAAAGUGCGUUACGUUUUGCUCGUCUUAGAUUAGAAAAAAGGCACAACUAUUUAAGGAAAGUUGCUGAGGUAGCUACAUCUGUUUUUAUAACAAAUGACAAGAUAAACGUAUCAGGAAUUGUGCUGGCCGGAAGUGCAGAUUUCAAGAAUGAUCUAAUGCACAGUGACAUGUUCGACCAAAGGUUAUUUACAAAGGUUAUAAAAAUAGUAGACAUUUCUUAUGGAGGAGAUAAUGGAUUCAAUCAAGCCAUUGAAUUAAGUUCCGAGGCUUUACAGAAUGUUAAGUUCAUUCAAGAAAAAAAAUUAAUCGGUAAAUUUUUCGAAGAGAUUGCACAAGACACAGGUAAAGUUGUGUAUGGAAUUGAAGAUACAUUGAAGGCUUUAGAAGUCGGGGCUGUGGAGUUACUAAUUCUCUAUGAGGGAUUGGAUAUAAUAAGGUUGACGACAAGGAACGCUAUUACGAACACUACUAGGACGAUACAUAUUUCUCCUCAGGAUGAGAAACAGGAAUCUUUAUACAAAGAAAAUAAUGUGGAGUUGGAAGUGGUGGAGAAAAUUUCACUAACCGAUUGGGUCAUAAAUAAUUACAAGAAGUACGGAGCAUCUUUAGAUUUUGUUACUAACAAAUCACAGGAGGGGGCCCAGUUCCAGAAGGGCUUCGGCGGCUUUGGCGGUAUGCUCAGGUAUAAGUUGGAUCUCAAUUUGUAUGACGAAGACGUGGAGAGCGACGCGGAGCUAUUCUAA